GUCAUAGCAAAGUCACAAGCGAAUUUCGCGAUUUCUUUUUUUUUCUUCAGCAGCUAAAGGCAGUAUGUCGACGCCGUUCGUGAUUACUUGCUGUAUGAUGUUGCUAAUAUCCCGCAUCCAUUGCCAGGACGCAUGCGCAGAUUUGGACACUCAGGCGUGCGUGCGCAUGAAUGCAUCACAACUGGACCUCUGCGGAACGGCGCUUGCUGACUCGGUGUGCCCCGCAUACUGUGGAAAAUGCUCAGGUGAGCGGAUACUGACGACGACUAGAGCGUCAUGUGAGAAUAUCGACACACUGGCCUGUCAACAGAUGCACAGCAGUAAACCGGACCUCUGCCUGGACGACAGUAUCGCUGAGAACGCUUGCAAACGAUUCUGCGGAAGAUGCCCGGUGGAGUGCUACUCGUGCCCCACCCUGGUGAAUAGCUUGUCGGAAUGCAGGGCGACAACCAUGUGUCAAGUAAGCGAGGUAUGUUACGUGAUGGAAGUCGUUGACUUCGACACCUCUCACGGAUUCCGUGCAGGAUGCAUGCCAAAAGAUCUGUGUAUUCCUCCCAGUAACGAGCAGAUAGUUGGUCGAAGUUCGAGCACGGUUCACACCAACUGCUGUGAUACAGACCGCUGCAACAUCCCAUCAACAACAACUACUACCACCACCGCCACGACUACCACUCGUCUCACGCCUUCCUCCAACUGUUAUGAUAACAUUAAUGUCAACUGUAAUGCUUUGUUCGCGUGUGCUUUGCAUCCCCUCAAAUGUGCCAGAACAUGCGGACACUGUCGUUAGCUUAUAAACAUUAGCUAAGAAA